CAAACAGUGCGUACUGUGAUACCUGUUAUAUUUAUAGGCAAAAGUGACUUCGACAUUCAUUUUAGACAGAUGUAAAAGUGAGGAAACUAAACCUUUGGAAGUUGGUUCCCAGGAAUAAUUUUAACGAAAUGUAUUCUAUUGAGGAUGAUAGCGAUGUUGUUGUGUGCCCCUACAAUAGUGCACAUCGUUUGAUGCGCAAAAGGUUACAGUCUCAUCUUAUCAAAUGUCGUCAAAAUUAUCCACAACUUGAACUCCAGAUAUGUCCAUUUAAUGUAACACAUCAUAUACCUGAGCCGGAAUUUAAUAUCCAUGUCACGAACUGCCCAGAUCGUAAGCUCAUAACACAAUACAAAUACGACAUUGUAGAACCAAAAGAAGAGGAGCGAGUUCGUCAUGCACCAGUCGAAUGCGAGGAAAAUUGGGAUGACACUGAAGUGGAAGAUUAUAAUCCGCAGAAGUUCAUUGAUCAAAAGCCAGUUCUUCGAAAACCAUUUGGAAUUCCAGCUUCAGAACGGAAACAAUUUAUAAAGCGCGAACGCAUACGAUUAGGUGACCAUGAGGUAUAUAGUGAUAGUGAUGAGGAAGAAGAAGAAGAAGAUAAGAUAAAAUGUGAAAGCCCUGUGGAAACAGUUGUUAAAGAAGAUGUGGACGAGGAAUUAAAUUCAUCUAUUAAUCCAUUGCAACCAAUAUCGCCCUCACCCCCACCUUCUCCUAAAAGAAUUAGAUCACGUAGUCGUUCUCCCGUUUCGGCUUAUUAUAGGCGUAUUCAUGGACGAGAAUCUCAUUCGCCAUCUCCUCCACCGCCACCACGAUUUAAUCGUCAACUCAGUCGUGAACGAUCGCCACCAAAUAGUAAAAGAGCUCGUUCUCCUGAAGUUUAUGAAAUCGACGACGAUCCGUAUUACAAUGGUGGAAGAGGAUGGUCUAGUAGGAAUGUCACUAACGCUACCACUAGCAGCAGCAGCGGCAGGGAUGCUAAUCGAUCAAAAUACGAAGCUGAAUUAUAUAUGCGCGACACUUACGCCAAUCCUCCUCUCGUUUCAUAUCCAACUCGUAUGCCAUCGUAUGGUCGCGGCGCUCAUCGGGGGUAUUCUAAGGAUCGCCGAAAUGACUCACAUUAUAACGGACGAUAUUAGUUUUUACUUGUGACUAUUCGUAAUUUUUGUUGGCGUGCUCUUGUUUGCAUGUAUAUUUUUCAUAAAUGUAUGCUUUUAAAUUAUCGACUAUUAUUAUUUCUUAGUUAGUUUGUAAGUAAUAUCGAUGUCUUAGAUGCACCUAUUAAAAAUAAAUAUUUAAUAACUGCUUUAUCCUUUCUAUUGACAAGAGUAUUCCAUAAACUUAAUUUUUUUUAAAUAAAACUAUUUAUUCAUUAUUGUCAUAAAUUUGUAAGCCACA